CAUGGAGGAGCGCGAGUGGGGGGCGAGGUCGGCUCGCGCCGGCAGCCCAGCCAGCCCGCCCAGCCCGCGGCUGGACGUCAGCUCCUACAGCUUCGACCCGCUGCUGGCCUUGUACGCUCCGCGCCUGCCGCCCAUUCCUUACCCCAACGCGCCCUGCUUCAACAACGUGGCGGAGUACGAGAGCUUCCUGAAGGGCGGGCGCACCGGGCGCGGUCGGGCUCGGGGCACCGGGGAGCCGGCCUCGGCGGGAACCUCCACCGGAACCUCCACGGGAGCCGGGACCUCGUCCAGGGCCCGGCGCCGCGCCGCGCCCACCCCGGAUCCCGAGCGCAUCCAGCGCCUGCGCCGGCUCAUGGUGGUCAAGGAGGACACGGACGGCACGGCCGGGUCGCGACGCCAGGGCCCGGGGCGCAGCAAGAAGGCACCCCGCAACGUGCUCACGCGGAUGCCCUUGCAUGAAGGUAGCCCUCUGGGUGAGCUACACCGCUGCAUCCGAGAGGGAGUGAAGGUGAAUGUUCACAUCCGCACUUUCAAGGGACUCCGAGGUGUCUGCACUGGCUUCCUCGUUGCAUUCGACAAGUUCUGGAAUAUGGCCCUCACAGAUGUGGAUGAGACCUACCGUAAACCUGUCUUAGGCAAAGCAUACGAACGGGACUCUUCGCUGACUCUCACUAGGCUAUUUGAUCGGCUGAAACUCCAAGAUUCCUCCAAAAAGGAAGCAGAUUCCAAAUCUGCAGUCGAGGACUCCACACUGUCUCGAUACUCACAGACAUCGACUUGGAAGGUGGCUUCGGUGUGGGGCCGAGGGGACACUGACCGGAGCUCACACAGGCGCUCCCGCUCCGUCCCUUCUUCCCUGCAAGCAUCUGCAAGGGAGGAGUCCAGGUCUGAGCUGUCAGGGAGGACUACACGGACAGAAGGGUCCAGUGUGGGAGGUACCUUCUCCAGGGCCACCACCCUGUCCCGGGGCCAGUCCCGUAAGAAAAAGCGAAAGCCCAAGGUGGAUUACCAGCAGGUAUUCACUAGACACAUAAAUCAGAUUUUCAUUCGAGGUGAGAAUGUCCUGCUGGUUCAUCUCGCACAGUGAGCAGCUCAGCCCCACUUGACCUUUGGGUUUUAGAAAUAAAGUGCAUGAACUGUUCCUAUGCUAUAUCCUAGUACCCCAAACAGUGUGAGUCGAAGUGAUUCCCGAUGGUCCUGCCCAUGCAGAGCAUAGAGCUGGCUCACCCUCUGGAAGGACAGGUCAGCAGUACUAACCAGGCAAAAGCCAUUCACAGGACAUGCUCUGACGCGGAGCUGUUUCAGAGUCUCAAGCAUAAGCACUUUGCUUUGACCUAGGGUCAUAGUAUGAGUGGAAUCCACUCCGUGGAAACCCCAGAAAUGUCUGAGAAGGAAUAAUUUCAUUUCUAAAAGCUAGUGCUCUGAGCACCGUGAGUUUGAUCUCAUGAUGAUCAUGUUUGAGCGGUGUAAAUUGCCCAAGACCCUGAACCCAUAUCUUGGAACUGAUCUUUGUUCUACAUCAUUCUUUCUUGAUCAAGAAAUGAAAUUUCAUAUCCUUGGAUAUUAAUAAGGUCUAGGAAAGUUACCAGCUUACGAAGGAGUGAAGCUCGGCUAGGUGGUUGCUCAAAGCAGCCAGUGGUAACCUCUCUGCUCUGACCCCUCUCCCAUGGGAAGGCAUGCAGAAGCUUGUCUUCCCUCACCAGAGGUGGCCUCUGCACAUGGCACACCAGAUGGGACUGUACCGCACUCUUGGUGGCUUGUUGUCCUCUCCGACUCCUGUGGCAUGGUGCUAGUGCAUGUGACCUGUGCUGUCACCCCAUGUGUUUUGUGUGCCCUGUCCUGAUGUGCCCUUCGUGUCUGACUUCAGAGAGUUCUACAUGAACUCAGUAAUACGCAUCUCUCACAUGGCUGAGAGUUGCCUUUCCAGGCAGGCCUGGCCUUGUGUAGAAAGUCUCUCAGAAUGGUGUUAGUGUGAAAGAGAAGAGGGGUCGCGCUUUUAUUCCCUGUGUCAAGCCAGUGAGGUUCUUAGAAGGAUGAGUGUGUCCUAAGGACACUUGACUCCCAUUAAUGCUCCAGUUUCAGGAAUACCAAAGGCCCCAGGGGUGCUCAGGAAUACCAAAGGCCCCAGGGGUGUUCCUACUUGAAUUGUAUCACCAUAUGCUUUUCAAUCACUAGCACAGAACUGGCUGCAUCUUGACAUAGACUGUUAGGCACUAUUGACUUACAAAGUUUUGUUUAUACUUGCUCUGUCUUAGAUAACUUAUUUUCUAAGGGAGAAUGGAAAACAGCUAGCUAGUUCAAAUGUAUGUAUGCAUAGGACAUUUCCCCUGCCGGGUUUGGGAAUAGCUUUGGUAAACCCUCCGAGAAGCAGGGUAAAUUAAGUUGAGGGGGCUGGGACACUUGGCUCUUCUGUUAGCUGGACCACUGCCUCAUCAGACAAUGAAAAGUCACCAGAUGUGUCUCAGUUUCCCCAUCAGACACCUACCUCACCAGGGCAUUGUGGCAGACUUUUAGGAAGGUGUUUUACAGCCUCUAAGCAUAUCUCAGUGCCAUGAAUAAAUCCUCCUUACUCUAGAGCAUAGCUCUGUAAAACUUGUCCAGUGAGCGAGGCAGGUGCUGUAUGAGAAAGGGAGCUUCCGCUGCUGUUUCUGGUCCUGUAACCUUCCUUCCUCAGAGGCUGUGGUGAAGCUUCGGCAGCUGCCUUCCAUGGUCUGUUCCUCCCUCUAGAAAGAAGCAGGAGUUCUCAGAGGAACACCUUUAUCUAGGAGGAAGUGACUUUGUCUCUGCUGCUGCCCCACAUCCCCGGCCUGCUUUUCAAGGGUAUCUGUUCUGGUACUGAAGGGAGAAUAUGCAUCUAAAAACAGCAUUGUUCCCCAAGGGGGAUUUGUGGGCUUCUGUCCCUUCUCACUUUGCCUGUUUUAUUUCUGGUUGUAUCUAAGUUCGAGGGCAGGACAGGUGCACUGGGGUCUGUGGAAGCUCUGGGUAAAGCUCGAAGCUCUUUGAUCCUGGAGUCUAAAUUCUCCUCUGCCUCCUGGCCCAGGCGCCAGACUUGUUCUCAAGACAGCAGUUGCUUUGUUCACUCAUCAGUCUAGAGUGCCUCUGUCUCCAGCAGUGCUCCCUGAGUGGCAGUGCUCCCUGUGUGCCAGUGCUCCCCCAUCUACCCUGUUGCCCCUUAGCUAGAAGCUGGAAUGGAUGCUCUUUCCCCCUGACUAUGUAGAAAUGUGCAAUCAGAAGAAAUAGAACAAAUUUCUGUUCAUCCUAGUGAACCUCCCGGUGCCGGUUUCAUGUUGUCAUAUAGCUCUCCCAUAUUUCCAUAAGGAUUGAUUAAUAAUUUUCCCCUCAACAUGACAACUCUCUCUGUGAAGAUUAUCUUUAAAUUGUAUGUGUUCUAUCUUUAGAUCCCCUCCAUUUAUUUGUUUAAUUUGGAUGAUGAUUCUGAAAUGAAUACUCUCUAGGAAAUGUGCAAUUUCAUGCAAAGCAUGGUAAUUAUUUUUAGAAAAGUCAAUUUAAUAAAUUAUUGCCUUUAGCAUUGGAAGAGUUUUCAAAAAUAAAGGAACAUAGGUCUUAAUAAUGUAUUGCUUCUCCAAAAUGAUAUCACAUAGGUCAUCUGUGAGUCGCUUAGUGUCUGGGGGAAUAGGGAACUAGGGAACCGGGCUGGGUGCUUCAUGGUGGGCCCUGUGCUUUGUUCAUGAGAUCCUGAGUUCAGUGCCUGGCAUGGAUUAAUCACUAGCUGAAGUUUUCCUUAUGAGAAAAGAAGAACCCAGGGAAAGGGGUUGAUGAGGUCAUGUACUAGAAGAUGCACCCCUUUCCUCCUAGGAGCCCCACAAUUGGAUGUACUAGAGCCUCCUCACUUGUGUUGGGGUGUGGGGGGUGGUGGUUACAAUUUGCUCAAGGAUAUGCCUUACUUUUGAAUACAUGGCUUUGAUUGUUCAAACUAAUUUCUAGCCACCUGAAUAAUUCACAGAUUAUAGCUGUUUUUAUUUUUUGAAACAGUCUCACUGUGUCUGUCUGACUGGUCUGAAACUCACUAAGUAGACCAGGCUAGUUUCAAACUAAGAGAUCUGCCUGCCUCUGCCUGCCAAUGCUAUGACUAAAGAGGUGGCCUACCACCCUGUGGCUCAGCCAUCAGUGAGACCAGCUUAGCCACAGUUGUGCUCAGCUUGAAGGGAAGUUACAGGUAGGCAAAUAUUGCCACCCGAACUCAACAGGCCUGUUACAGUCUCAUGCUCAAAUGUAAUGGAGACAACACACAGGACAGGACAAGACAGGACAGAGGCCCUGGGUGCUGUCCAAGGACUAAGAAAUACAGCUUAAAUAGACAAGGCGGGGGGGGGCAGGCUUAUGCAGGCCCAGUCAGCCAAUGUAGAGAAGCCCAGAUUUCUGUCUAUGUCUCAGUGGGUGCGUUGACAAAGUGGUCUGCCUGUUUCUGUCUGCUCAGCUUGCAGAAGCUGCUGGCUGUGUUCACACCACCACCAGGGACAGCCACACCUUGGUCAAGUUCAGACAUAACCCAUGAAGGUUACAGGAAAGCCGGGGAAGGUUAUAGGUGGGAAUAAUGUUUUGAAAGUAGCGUGCAUUAAAUGGGCAUAGUAAAUGUAGAACCACAGGCCAUUCUGUGUCCACAGAGCCAGUCUUGUACUCUGUAUCAGUACAGCUUUCACCUGGUUGUCCAUUUUAGUGUCCGGGAAGCUUGAGGUUUUCCUUAGAACCAGCAGGUGGUUUGUGAAAUGCUUAGCCAGUUAGCAUCUGAAGCAGGGGGGGGGGGGCUGAAGGAGUCUAUAUCUUGCUCUUUCUUUCCCUGCUGCACAUCAAGGCAGAGAGCAUUUAGGUGUGGGUGCCCCUGAACUCUUGCUGUGAGCUGCUGUCAUAUCAGGAGCAGCCUCACCUGCCUUGGCAUGGAAGGAUUGCUCCUUCAGGUUGUCAGGUCAUGAGCUCCCAGCUGCCCUUAAUCCUCAUCGGCCUCACAGAGGUCUGUGCCUACACUUCUGCCCUUUAAGACAAAAAAAACAGGCCCAGCAUGAGUGGAAGUGGGUGUCUGUGUUUCUGUUUGCGCUGUUUUCGUGACAGCCACCCAGGCAAAAUUGGAAAAUACAUUUGGUUCUGUAAAUUGCUUCUUUAAAUGUCCUGUAGAUUUUUUCCUGUAGGAAAAAAUUAAAAAUAUUCAAAGACAGCUAGCUGUCACUGGUGCUCUCCCAGAGCGUUUCCUCCCUGUAUGUGCUUUUAAUGAAUGAAAUGGUUGCUGUGUGCAGGCCAGGUUAAUGGAAGAAAAAGAAUCUGGUGGAAUAAAUAGAGUAGUUUGAGAGAUGUCUUCAUUUUUCUCUUCCUGCACCCUAUCUGGAAUGCAUGCACCCUGUUGUUGGUAACCCUAUUCACCUGUGUCUUUCUUGCCCAGAAGGCUUUUCUCAGUGGUUGGAAGUAAAACCAUCUCAACUGGUCUGUGUGGGAAAGGCUGUUAAGUCUGCCAUUACUUUCUGGCAAACUGGCAGAUUUAAGAUAAGCCUUGGGCCCCUGUCACAGUGUUCUGAAGAUGGGUUGGGCCUCCUUACCUCCCAGUGUCUUGAGUAUGUUUCAAAUGUCUGUCAAUUCUCUUGCACGGUCCUAAUAAAAAUGAAAGCCCUCUAUCAAGAACAGCAUGGGUGGUCCGAAGAUCAGGGGCAAGAAAGCUCAGCACACCUGGGACCCUUGGGGUCUUUAAGCUGCCGUGUCUAAGCUCCCUCAGAAUACAGGCAUCCCCGAGGAAAGCUGGGAGUUUGGUUCCAAGCACUUUGCAAUCGCUUUUGAUUGUGAGUCCUUGGGAGCAAAUGUCUGAUGUUAUGUUUUCAGAACUAUGAGGACAUGUCUGGGGACUCUUAGGGGUUGUUUCAGGUGAUUAAUUGCCUGAUUUCAGAGCAGCUGGUCUCCUUUUCUGUUUUCCCAGCAGGAAAGCAAGACAGUGAGCCUAAAACACACACACAUGUAAUUCCAGCCCCUAGGAGACUGAGGCAGGCAGAUCCCUGUGAGUUCCAGGCUAGUCUAAGCUACAGAGGGAAAGUGUCUCAAAAAAUUAAGAUGACAGCAACCAAAAGUAAUUUGCUUACUCAGUACAGACAUGUAAAGACUCUGGCCACUGUGUCCCCUCUGCACUGUGACUUGGUGGUGGUUUUAUGGACAGGGCUGAAGCUGGAUGACAGAGUGCUGACAGAGCAACUGUUAGAAGAAAUCGCUGACUGACCUCAUCCUCACCUCCCCCUUGGUGUUAGGUUAACUGAGACCCUUCUUGUUGAGGGGCCUGCUGCUAGUAACCUUUGCAGUGUUCUGCUUUUGAUAUGUGUCAAAUGGGAGUCUGGAAUUAAUAAAUAUGAUUGUAUCCAUUU